UUGUAGCCCCUCUCCCGGGUAACCUGUCGGCUGGCAGGCACUGAAUAGUGACCCGCUGGCUGCCGCCGACCAUACCAUUCAAACUUCCAACAGGGGAAGGUGAGCGCCAUGGGAAGGCAGAGGCAGUCAAACCCUCCCCCUGCGCCUCCCGAGUCCCCCACCCCUGAGAGGGCUCCGAGGAGACAGGCUGGAGCGAGGAGGUGGGAAGGCUGGGGGGCAUCCCUGCACCUCUGGACAGCUCCCCUCUGCCUCUUCCCAACCCAGCUGCCGUCCCUACUCCCUUAGCUAUCCCCUCCCCGAAGACAGGGCCCCAACUCUUCCAGACAAAGCCAGGUCCAGCUGGGGAGUGACGGGGAGGCCACUCUGCCCGUGGGCUGCAGGGCACAGCAGAGCCCGGGCAGGGCUGGGGUCACAGGCUCUUCGGGACUCCCUUGCACAGCAGAGAAGACCUCUCCACGGAACUCCGGAUGGCUGGGGGCUGGCUCUGAGGAACCAUGAGCACAGAGGGCCCCAGCCUCACCAGCUCCCCAGCCAUCAGCCCCCUCGCCUUUCUCUCAGCUCCCGUCACUCCCGGGACCCUUGCAGAGGCAAUCGGCCCCCUCCCCAUGCUCAUCGCCCUGGCCUGCAUCUUCCUCCUGCUGGCCACCUGUCUGCUGUUCAUGACACUCUGUAAGCCGGCAGCGCUGGACCCGAGCCGCCGCAGGGCUCGUGAGUGCAUGCCCCACCACCCCGGGAGCCCCAGUGAGCCCCAGCUCCGGCUCUGGAAGCGCCUGGGCUCGCUGCGCCUCUCCCUGAACAGUUUCCGUCAUGGCCGGCCCACCACCCCUCGACAGCCCCUGCCAGGCCCUGGUGACAGCCAUGGCGACUGCGACCGCACGGAAUCGACCAAGAUGUGACGGGGUGUCCAUACACAUGCCCCCUAGGUCCUGCAGAUCCUCCUGCCUCAGACAGAGACCAGUGCUGCAGGCUGCAAGAAGACAGUGGCCCAAGCAGCCUGGGCCACCUCCCCUCCAGAAGCUCCCUGCAUGCCCAGGCCAGUGCCCUUUCCCAGAGAUGGUCCUCGGAAGAGAACUUUCCUCUCUGCAGACUCCCUAGCUGCUGCUUGCUGAAGAUUUCCUGUCAAGAGAUGGGCACUUGUGGCCAUCUGGGCCUUUGGCUUGAGGCUCCACAGGGGACAACCUAGGACUCAUAACCACCUCCUAGAAGCAGCACCCUCGCUCCCCACAGAAGCCUUGCUCUCCAGGUACCAAAGCCCAGCUUGCGGAAGUUGCCGAAUGGCAAAGGUUCCCUUUGGCAGAGUGAAAUGCUCAGCCUCCACCAGAGCCAAGGUACUGCCCUGCUAUCUGUGCUGGCCCAGUGCUGGGGCAACACCCCAAGGCUCCCUUCCUUGGGUUUCCUGGGCACUGCCUCCCUCCUGGGAUCCGAUGCCUUGGCCCUGGCUGGGAAGAGGGGCAAACGGGGGUUCUCCAAGCACAGUCUUGGCAGCCGUCUUGGUGGCCCCUCUUCCGGGCACUCACCCAGUCCAGUUAGGAUCAAUCAGGAAAGGACUGAGGAUGGGUGAGGAGGCUCCCUUCAGAGGCCAGGGCAGGUGCUGUGACAGAGCAUCAAGAGGAAGGACACUGCCAGCAGCUGGAGGUGACGCCACCGGGGCUCGGAGGAGGACAGCUUACAGCGGCUCCACAACUCACCCAGGGAAAGAGGCAGCUUCCCCGAGGGUGGGAUGGUCCAGACCUUUCCAGGACAGCUGUGGGGCCCCAGGCCCGGCCCACACUUAGGGAUGCUAUCUGUGUUUUUGGAGAGUGCUUUGCUGACUACCUGUCAAAGCAGUCCCACCCCAGGAUGGCUUUUCAGAAUCCCAAGCCCUUGCUUCACCUCUCCCCACAAGGCCAAGGUGAAACACUUUGGUCAGGUCCCAAAUUUGAAGGGUGGGCAGAGGGAGGACUUGGGCCGCCACGCUCCUGUUGCAGUCAGCCGACAAGGAUCGCGCCACAAAACUGCCCCUGGCUCUCUCUUCAACUCCUUUCCGGGAAAGGAGUGCAGUCAGCCAAGUCUUCCCAGGGAGUGAGCUGUGUGGCUUGCCACUCUGCAGCUCUAAAACCUUCACUGGCUCCCUAAUGUCAAAUGGAUACAGCCAAAGCUCCCCAGCCCAGGGCGCAGUGCCCUCUGCGAUCAGGCUUCAACAAAUCUUUCUAGCAUCAUCUUGAUCCAAAACUCCAGGCACACUGAACGACCUGUCACCCCGACUGUGGCUUAUGCUUCACACACACCCACUCUGUGAAGCCCUCCUGCCUGGACCCACCCCCACUCUCUCCCACCUCUCUUGGGGAGGACAAGGAACAUUCUCUUGGCAGCAUGAGUCCUUCUUGUCUACGUCUUCUCUUUCCUACCAGCCUGGGAGCUUGCAGAAGGCCAGCCCUCGUCCAACCCCUCGCUUUGACUCCCCAGUUUUGUGCACAGAAGUAUGAGGCCUCUGUGUACAGAGGGAAGAGUGGCCCAGCCGGGGGGUGUCCCCGCCCUCUCAGGCAGGAGUCUGGCGGGAGCUGGCACAACACAGAGCCCCAUCUUCCCUGAGAUGCCCCUAGAUAGAUUUCUCUCCAAGCAGACCCUGUUGGAAAAGCCUACUUCCUUCCAAGCCAAUCUGAUCCCAAAAAGUGAGUCCAGCUUUACAAGAAACUUAGAGGACCUCGGAGAAGUCAUCCUGAGACUGCAUUUCUCCCUGAGAAAUGGGGAGGAAUCAGUGCUGCCCUAUAUUAACUCGCGAGCUCGAGGAUUUCAGUAUGAGUGGUAUUGUGUAAAUAGAAACCGAUCCCUUGGGUUUAGAAAGUGGGGCAGGCUUCCUCCCUCAGGGUUUUGUCCCUUCCUCCCUUCUGGCUCAGUAAUCUCUUCCUGGUUUGCUUCCCCUGGGGCCUCCCUGCGUAUCCCAGGCUGGAUUCAGCCUGUAGCCAUCCAUCCCACCAGCAGGCCCUGCUUGCCACUAGCAUUCUCUUCCUGGAGGUUGGGGUAGGGGAUGAGGCUGCCUAGAGGCCUGAAGAAGGAAAAGCCCAGGAGUGGGAGGGGCUCUCAAUUGGGUUUCAGGUGCCAGGCCAGGGGGUAUGCUCCAAGUCCUCACCAGCUGAGGCCCUGAUAGAGAGAACCCUCUCCUUCUCCUUCUGGAGCCAGCCACCACACUCUCUCAAAUCCCCAGGGCUUUCUGGCUCUCUGUGUUUCUCGGAGUCAGCUCCCUGCUCCCCAGCCCUUUCCUGCCCGCCUCCUGGUCCCAAUGUAGGGAAGCGAGCAUUGCCAGCCUCCCACGCUUCUGCCCCUCCCAAGCCUGGGAGCCUGCCCCAGUGAGCAGGUCCAGAUUCGCUGUUUGGCUCAGCCUCCUAGUUUGAAACCCCAUAGCUGGUAAAGAGACUCAUUCAUUCCGGGCCUCCCUCCCCACCCAGCAACUGAGGCCUCUAGGCAGGAGUGGGGGGGCACAUAGAUCGUUUUCAGGGUCCUCCCCUCUCUCCCUCUGAGCCUUGGAGCUGUUGUGCCUGCUCCCUGGGCAAAGGAGCCCUUUCUUCUUGGGCCUGUUUACUUCCCGAGAGAGGAGCCUUGGCCAAGGGCGCUGUGAAAGCAGCUCUGUUCUGGGCCUUGCUGGGCCCUGGCUCGCUCCUCAACUCCUUUCCGGGAAAUUGUGACAUCUCCUUCUCCCUCCUACUCUGAAAGGCCCUUCUGGGUGGGGUGGGAGAUGUGGAGGGGGAGGCCAAGGCUUCUUUCUGUUUGUGGGGAGCCAGAGCCCUGUCCUUAGCUCUGCAACCUGGGGGCCUACACUCCCUGGGAUGGGAGGGGGCCUGGGUUCCCCUUUCCCCACAGCACCUUCCAGAGCAGCAGACCCACCCUGGGUACUUGCCUGGUUCCGCCCCUGGUGCCACUGAGCAUAUGCCCUCAGGGCUGUGUGUGGCCCCACCUCUCCCCGCCCACCGCCUCGCCCAGGAGCCACGGGCCACCUGCCUGCACGAUGCUGUGGCCUUCGGGGAUGUCCUCAGGGACGCUGGCCUCAUAGCUGCUCUGCAGAAAGAUGGGCCGGUUGUCAUUCACAUCCAGGACGGUGACGAACACAGUGGCUGUGCCUGUGUGCCGCUUCCCUACAGGGCCGUUGUCUGUGGGAGUUGAAGGAGGACAGGUGUUAGCAGCUGCCUGAGACAGGGGCACACUUCCUGCGCCUUUGCACACUCCUGGGCAUCAGCCAGAGAGGUGCUGUGUUCUGCCCCACCCGCCUUAGACUUUGCAAAGGCGACUUCCUUUUUAGCUUAGGAAUACCACCAACAGUGUCUGAUGCUUAGAUAGCACCGUGUGCCAGGCAUUCUUCCAACCCCUUCAGUCCUCACAGCAGCCCCAUGAAGCAGGCACUACUACUGUCAUCCCCAUUUUACAGAGGAGGUAACUGAGGCACUCAAGUGGAUUGAAUGAUGGCUCCCAAAAAAGACAGACCCAUGUUAAAUCCCUGGGAAGCUGUGAAGGUUAAUUUAUUUGGAAAGGGGCCUUUGAAAAUGUACAUUAGGGAUCUUGAGACUUGAUCACCCUGGAUGAUCUGGGUGGCCCACAAAUCCAAUGGCAAGUGUCCUUAUGAGAGAAAGGCAGAGGGAGGUUUGAGAAAGAGAGGAGGCCGUGUGCAGAUGGAGGCAGAGGCAGGACUGAUGCUGCCACAAGCCAUGGAAUGCCUAGCGACUCCAGAAACUAGCAGAGUCAAGGACCGAUUCUCGCCAGAGCCUCUGGAGGAAGCAUGACCCUGCCCACAGUUUAAUUUCUAACCUCUGGCCUCCAGAACCAAGAGAGAAUACACUUCUGUGGUUUUAAGACACCACGUUUGUGGUAGUUUGUCAUGGCAAAUUUAGGACGCAGAUACAGGUACUCAGAGCAAAAAGCCCACUGCUGUCAGGAGCGGCAGGCGUAGCGCCCAGGUCCAACACCUGGGUGGGCCCUUGAGGGGCAGCUGUCCUCCACUCCACAGCGGACAGGAAGAAUGUGGGCCCAGGGACGCCAGAUCUCCUGGUUGCUCAUGAGAAAUUGAACUUCUGAGCUUUUCAAUAAAAUCUCCUGAUUUAAAAAUAUUCA